GAUUGGUCGGUGAGCUGAGCGAGUUGGGGUGCAGGGGGAAUUCCCCGGGUCCUCGGAAUCCCCGGGCCGGUGACUGCGGCAGUGACGACCCUGGAUGGGCCGCUGGGGCCCGGGAGAGGAGGGCUCUGCGUAGGCCAUGGCGGCCCCGGCGGGGCCCAUGAAGUCCGGGGACGGCGGGCUCGCGGAUGAGUGGUGCGACAGCGGGCUGGGGUCUCUGGGGCCCGAUGCCAUCGGGCCGCCGGCGGAUGGGGCCAGGGACAAGGCGGACGAGGACGAGGAGGAGGGGCCGGCGAGCUGGGCACCCGAAGUGUUCGGUUACGUGACGGAGGACGGGGACACGGCCUUGCACUUGGCAGUGAUUCACCAGCAUGAGGCCUUCCUGGAUUUCCUGCUUCAUUUCACAGCAGGGACAGAAUACCUGGAUCUGCAGAACGACCUAGGCCAGACAGCCCUGCACAUCGCAGCCAUCCUGGGGGAGGCGGCCAUCACUCGGAAGCUGCGGGCCGCGGGGGCCGGGCUCUGCGUGCCCGAGCGAGGGGGACACACGCCCCUGCACUUGGCCUGCCGGGCUGGGGCUCAUGCCUGCGCCCGAGCCCUUCUGGGGCCCCCCGAGGGCCCGGCGGCCGACGGAGAAGAUGACGACGAAGAGGACGAGUCUGAGAGACUGGACCAGCUGGAGCGGGCCAACUACCAGGGCCACACCCCCCUCCACGUGGCCGUGAUCCACAAGGACCCCGAGAUGGUGCAGCUGCUCCGGGAAGCGGGGGCCGACCUCAACAAGCCAGAGCCCACGUGUGGGCGGAGUCCCCUACACCUGGCCGUGGAGGCCGAGGCAGCCGAGGUCCUGGAGCUGCUCCUGGUGGGUGGUGCAGACCCCAAGGCCCGCAUGUACGGAGGCCGGACCCCACUGGGUAGCGCCACGCUUCGGGCAGACCCCCUCCUCGCCCGCCUCCUGCGUGCUCACGGGGCCCCGGAGCCUGAGUCGGGAGACGAGGAAGACUCCAGCCCCAGGGGCAGUGACAGCGACGAAGGGGAUGAGUAUGACGACAUCGUGGUCCACGCAAGCAGAAGCUGAAACGGGCGCCCCUCCCUCAUCUGCGGUCCUUCCUUUUAGCCAAAUUCUUUCUUUUUUAAUGUAGAAAAGCCUUAAUUUCAAUAAAACCCUGGUUCUUCUGA